CAAAGCGGCCGGACGCGCGGCGGCGGCAGGUGCGCGGGGGGAACGAGCCGGGCAGCAGCCUUCCCAGCCACCGCGGCACAGGAACCCCAGCAACUCGGGCUCCGGGACUCGGGCGGGCCCCCAAGAUGCCAGCGAUCGUGGCGCUCGCGGCGGCCGCCGCGGCUUGGUGCUUCCUCCAAGUGGACAGCCGGCACCUGGACGCGCUCGCCGGCGGCGCGGCCCUCAACAACGCCAAUUUCCUAGACAAUGACCAGUGGCUGAGCACCGUCUCCCAGUAUGACCGUGACAAGUACUGGAACCGCUUCCGAGAUGAUGACUAUUUCAGAAACUGGAAUCCCAACAAGCCCUUUGACCAAGCCCUGGACCCAUCCAAGGACCCUUGCCUGAAGGUGAAAUGCAGCCCUCACAAAGUGUGUGUGACCCAGGACUACCAGACCGCCCUGUGUGUCAGUCGCAAGCACCUGCUGCCCAGGCAGAAGAAGGGGAACGUGGCCCACAAACACUGGGUUGGACCUUCAAAUCUGGCUAAGUGCAAGCCUUGUCCCGUGGCACAGUCAGCGAUGGUCUGUGGGUCGGAUGGUCACACGUACACAUCCAAGUGCAAGUUGGAGUUCCAUGCUUGUUCUACAGGCAAAAGCCUCACCUCCCUCUGCGAUGGGCCCUGUCCGUGUCUGCCUGAGCCUGAGCCUCCGAAGCCGAAGGCAGAAAAGAACGCCUGCACAGACAAGGAGCUGAGGAACCUUGCUUCCCGGCUGAAGGACUGGUUCGGGGCUCUUCAUGAAGACGCCAACAGAGUCAUCAAACCUACCAGCUCUGAUACAGCCCAAGGCAGGUUUGACACCAGCAUCCUGCCCAUUUGCAAGGACUCCUUGGGCUGGAUGUUCAACAAGUUGGACAUGAACUAUGACCUCCUGCUGGACCACUCAGAGAUCAAUGCCAUCUACCUGGACAAGUAUGAGCCCUGCAUCAAGCCUCUCUUCAACUCCUGUGACUCCUUCAAGGAUGGCAAACUCUCCAACAAUGAGUGGUGCUACUGCUUCCAGAAGCCUGGAGGUCUCCCUUGCCAUAACGAAAUGAACAGAAUUCAGAAGCUGAGCAAGGGGAAGAGCCUGUUGGGGGCAUUCAUACCUCGGUGCAACGACGAGGGCUACUACAAAGCCACGCAGUGCCACGGGAGCACGGGACAGUGCUGGUGUGUGGACAAGUACGGGAACGAGCUGGCUGGCUCCAGGAAACAGGGCACUGUGAGCUGUGAAGAGGAGCAGGAAACCUCUGGGGACUUCGGCAGCGGUGGCGCCGUGGUCCUGCUGGACGACCUAGAUGAGGAGCGAGAGCUGGGACCAAAGGACAAAGAGGGGAAGCUGAGGAUGCACACCCGGGCCGUGAGGGAAGACGACGAGGAUGAAGACGACGACAAAGAAGACGAGGCUGGGUACAUAUGGUAGUGCCCAUGAGGGAAAGGACACACUUUUGGCACAGAUUUGCAAUCCGCUUCCUUUGCCUGCAUUUGUAUCUAAGACUCCGAGGCACCCAGGUCUCCUCCACUGUUGCUCUGCGUCCCAGGGCUGGGGAAGACCCUCUUCCCAGAGCGUUCCGAAUUUGCAUACAGUCGCGUGGGAGAAAGGCUGUUGUUUUUGUUCCUUGUUUUGGUUGGACGAGAGGAGGGCUGGCUUCAUUAAAGCCCCCUUCUCUCCUGUGAGGCUUUUUGCAGCUAGCAUGUGAUUUACGUGGACUCCAACAGUGUGGGGAGCCCCACCCUCGCCAACGUCAAAGACCCUCUCCGAUUCCCCACGUCGGUGGUUAUCACAGCAUGGUUCCCAGCCUUAUGAUGUCUAAGUGCUUUUCUCGUGUCCUGUAGAAUGUUGUGGAAAACACACCACACUGUCCCCUUUCCUCCCGUUCCCACCCCCUCUGGUGUUUAUUAUGAAAAAUUAAUUUUCCUGUCACUGUAUCUGGCUUCCUACAAAUGACAGCCUUAAUUCAGUCAGAGUCCCUUUGGAGAAUUCAUUAUCUUUCCUAAAAAUUAAGAUCCCCCUGCUCGCCCUUGCACACGCACAAAGAGGUGAGUGUGCCUCUAUGACUUGCACACACACUUCUCCGAGUGUCUGGUUGUAGAUAAACAAUGGCUUUGAGUCAACAUCUCCAGACCCACAACACAAACUGAGAUUUGAAACUCCGCUUGGAGUGCUGUUUGCACUGACACAUUGGAGUGCUGUUUGCACUGAAGCUUGGUAUGUGUAGCCUGAGGCCAGGGAGGCUCCUGUGCUGUGAUGGAGUGACUGGAAGACUUUUUGAUUUGGAAAGCCUCCCUUUGCCUAAAUUGCUCCCCAUCCCACCCCCCCCAC